CGCCUCCUCACCAUUCACACGCAUUGCACACCUGAUAUUGCACAUAUUGCUUACCUUGGGGCUGUGAGCCUGUGACAUAUCACGCACGACCACAGCCUACAAAAGGCAUAUUUUAAUCAUCUUCGAUUCUUCCGAGGUCGCGAAUUAUCUAAAUAUUAUACCAAAUACACUAUACACUUUUAUUAGUUUGAUUAUUUGCGACCAUGUUUUCCCAGAAGAAACCAUACUCGGCUGUCACCGUGACCGUUGAGCGCCUCACUAGCGAGCAGUUUGAAGAAGACGAUCUUAGUGGGAUCCCUGACCUAGUCGAGGUCAUCAAACUCCAAGCAUCUGGCCCCGCAGAAGCUGCUCGUGCCUUGAGGAAAAAGCUGAAGUACGGUAGUGUCCACAGACAGCUUAGAGCUCUUGUGCUUCUUGAUGGCUUAAUUCAGAAUGCCGGUCCUCGUUUUCAGCGGACCUUUAUAGAUGAACCAUUGCUUGAGCGCUUACGAGUGUGUGGCACUUCGGACUUGUCUGAUCCCGAUGUCAAGAAGAAAUGUUCUGAGCUGUUCAGAGGCUGGGCUACAGAGUAUAAGAAUACACCAGGUCUCGAAAGAAUUGCUAUGUUAUAUAAGGAACUCCCACGGCGUAAACAAGUUGUCACUCAAGCGAAAUCCAAGGUCUUGCGUGAAACGGAGCAAGACCCCUUUCGCGACUCUGAGGACGAAGCCGAACAGACUCCGGCCUCCCCAACGUCUCCAUCUCAGGCUUCGUCCUCGCGACAACCCGUUGCCUUUCCUCAGCCCACCCAAACUGUACAGUCAUUCAGCCAUGUCAAAUCAUCAUCCGGCUCUGGUUCUGGUUCCUUUUUCUCUAGUUCCACUAAGGACAAGGAUAAGGACAAGAAGAAGAAAGAUAAGGAAAAAAGUAAGGGAAAGCACAAGCCUUUCAAUCUUGAAGCAGAAAAGGACGCCAUGAAAGUCGCAAUCGCCGAGUCCUCCCUCGCGGCCACGAACUUAACCAAUGCUCUCCAAAGCAUAAAUCGAGAACGCGAAAGGAUCUCAGAAAACCCCUCAGCUGUGCAGCGAUUCGAGACUUGCAAAAAGCUCCGAAGAAAAAUAUUACGCUACAUUCACCAUGUUGAAGAUGAGCAAUGGCUUGGUGGUCUUCUCCAUGCUAACGACGAACUCGUGGUUGCCCUUAUGACUUAUGAGCAACUAGAUCGUUCUAUCGACGCCGAUAGCGAUUCGGAGGACGAAUUAGCUGAACAAGCACAUCUUUAUAGGAUGGCAGCCGAGAAGCACAAACAGGCAAUGUCGCCGACAAGCCCGUCUAGCCCUGUGUCGGACAUGGCCCAACUCAGUAUAAACCCAAGCCCUCCCCCAAGGCCGAUGCCGCCUCCGCGGCCAUCUGCUGCGUCCAAGCCAGUGAUAGCUCCUCGCCAACCUUCCCCUCCAGACUCGGAUGAAGAUGACUACGCAGACGAAGAUGAGAACGAUCCCUUCGCUGAUAGAAAUGAACUUGCGACGCCUAAGGUAGAAGGGGACGAGCCUAAGUGGUAGACCCUCUCUUGCUCGGUGUGGAUUGACGCGGUGGCUUCCAUGACGGGGUUUCAUCAUUUAUCGGCCAAUUACGAGAUACCUUUUCCAAGUCAAAUAUUAACUCUAUGCAUUAGCUUUUAUCUCUUCUAUACCCUAGAGUAUCAAGAGUUCUAUCGCAUUUCAUCAAUUAACACUCAAUAGAUUGCAACCAGUUAAGGGGAAACUAUUGAACCACUCGCCUGUAUGAGAUUACUUGAAUCUAGUUCCUUUCGUUCUCAUUUCCUAGUAGCCAUAUUUUCAUGACGAAACUCGGCUAUUGCUAGUUACAUGACCCCAGCUGAUAGCUACGGUUCUAGUACGAGUACAAUUAUUUCACUAGUUGCCUAAACA